AUGGUACACAGAGCAGGCAUCCUUACAAAGUUGCCUCCUGCACUCAAAAAGUCCAUGUACUGCAAUCAGUCAGCUAUAAGGUUGGUGGUAUCUACCGAUGAUGAAACUAAUGAGAUUCCAAAUAUUGGACCUUCAAAAAGUAUCAGAAUGCCAUAUAUUCUGGUUCUGCCUGCCAACAUUGCCCCAGUGCCAUUACAGACAUCCACAGUUGCCAGCAUUCUCACUAAGGAUGACUAUGCUAACUUAUCAUCUCCAAUAUGGAACCUACUAUAUGGCAACUUAUCAGGAAACCCAGUUGCUCUGACACCUGCUAUUCCCAACAUCCCUAACAUUCCUGGUACCAUCCCAAUCUCACCUGCACCAGCCAUUGUCACUAGAAAGUUCAAGAACUCCAUAUAA